AUGGUGCCCGGCGCGUCCCUCGCCCUGCUCCUCUGGGCAGCGGCCGCCUGCGGCAGCCCCGCCGGGCCGGGGGCCGGCGCCGCCGCCCGCAAGGAGGACGGGGCUUUCUCUACGGCCAGAUGCACCUCCAGGUGCCUGAGCCUCCAGAUCACCCGCAUCUCCGCCUUCUUCAAGCACUUCCAGAACAAUGGGUCACUUGCUUGGUGCCAGAAUCAUAAACAGUGCUCAAAGUGCCUGGAGCCCUGCAAAGAAUCCUGGGACUUGAAGAAAAACCAUUGUCAAAGCUUCUGUGAGCCUCUUUUCCCCAAGAAGAAUUAUGAAUGCCUAACUAGCUGCGAAUUCCUUAAGUACAUCCUGUCUGUGAAGCAAGGGGACUGCCCAGCACCUGAGAAGGCCAGUGGUUUUGCAGCUGCCUGUGUUGAAAGCUGCGAAGCAGAUAGUGAAUGUUCUGGAGUGAAGAAAUGCUGUUCCAAUGGAUGUGGUCACACAUGCCAAGUUCCAAAAAAUCUAUACAAAGGUGUUCCACUGAAACCCCGGAAAGAGUUAAAAUUCAUAGAACUGCAAUCUGGAGACCUGGAGGUGAAGUGGUCUUCAAAAUUCAAUAUUUCCAUUGAGCCUGUGAUCUAUGUUGUUCAGAGGAGGUGGAAUCAAGGAAUCCAUCCUAGUGAGGAUGACGCUACUAACUGGCAAACAGUGGCACAGACUACGGAUGAGAGGGUCCAGCUAUCUGACAUCAGAGCGAGCAGGUGGUACCAGUUCCGUGUGGCAGCUGUCAAUGUGCAUGGGACGAGGGGCUUCACGGCACCCAGCAAGCACUUCCGCUCCUCGAAAGAUCCGUCUGCUCCACCAGCUCCAUCUAAUAUCAGAAUUGCCAAUAUCAGUGCAAACAAUGAUGGAAGUGUAAAUGUAAUGAUUACUUGGGAUCUUCCAGAAGAGCCUGAUAUCCCAGUGCACCACUACAAAGUCUUCUGGAGCUGGACGUAUAGCAAAUAUGUGAUCCCAGCUAAAAAAAAGAGAAGGAAGAUUACUGAUGGGCCCCAGAAUUAUGUGGUCCUGGAGGGACUCCAACCCAACAGCAACUACAAUGUAGAACUACAGGCAGUAACACGCUGGGGUCAGAUACGCCUUAAAAGUGCUAAGGUUUCUCUCCAUUUUAGCACAACGCAGGACACCAGGAAUAAUAAUGAGCAGACAUCUGCUGGGAAACCCCAGAAAGGACUGGUAGAUCCUUACCCAACAUUUCAAAGAAAGAAAACCACUCGUUUUCUUAAAAUUGGAACUCCUUUCUAUCAGGACAAUCAACUUCAGGUUAAAGUCUACUGGAAGAGAACAGAUAUCAACAUGAAUCAAUUCCAAGUCCACUGGUUACUGGAGUCCUGUGCACACAAUGACACCAAGGGACUUGGGAAAGUAACUGAGCUGACUUAUGAGAACUACAUGAUUCUGAAGGACCUGUCGUUUGCAUGCAAAUAUAAAGUAACUGUUUUGCCUGCAAAAUCUAAAGGUCGUUUUAAGGCUGAGAGUAUUUUCUUUGUCACCCCACCUUGCUCUGCAUUUAAAGAAAAAAACCACAAGCACAUUAAUUGUCCUGCUGAAGGAGUGCCAGUUCUACCAAAAGUGUUGGCCAAACCCGAGAACCUAUCUGCGUCUUUCAUUGUUCAGGAAGGUAACAUCACUGGUCAUUUUUCCUGGAAGAUAUCUAAGGCAGUCCUUCACCAGCCCAUGACAGGGUUUCAAGUCACAUGGGCAGAAGUAACCACAGAAAGUCGACAGAACAGCUUGCCCAACAGCAUCAUUUCGCAGUCACAGAUACUGCCAGCAGAUCAUUAUGUACUCACCGUGCCCAAUCUGAGGCCAUCAAUGCUGUACCGAUUGGAAGUUCAAGUGCUGACAACUGGUGGGGAGGGACCAGCUACAAUAAAAUCAUUCCGAACACCUACUCUUCCUCCAUUUUCACCCCACAGACCUCAUCUGAAGCAACAUCAUCCACACCACUAUAAGCCACCCCCAGAGAAAUAUUAAACUGUUUC